AUGCACCUCCCAACGCUCUUCUACACCCUUGCAACUCUCGCCAUCACUGCUGCCGUCCCCGUCACAGCAGAAAACUCUACGGCCACUCCCACCGCUACACAGGCCAUCGAUGCUCCAUCGCAGGCCAACCCCGUGGCAACGCCUUCAAUGACACCCGUUGGAGCCUACCGGUGCCCGCCGAAGCAGUUCAAGCGAUGCUGCUUGACUCUGCAACAGACCUCCCGCGAGCUCAUCGAUGGCCUCGGAGAGCUUGUUCCUGUUCUGGGGGGUCUUUCUGUCAGCUCGCUGAUUUCAUUUGACUGCAAGGCCAUGGCCGAUGAUAUUUCCCCGAAUGAUUGUGACGUGGGGGGUAUGCCCCGAUGUGCUGCAACUCCGCGGAUGCGGUAUGAGGGAUUUGGAAUCGAUGCCUGCAAGCCGUUCGAGCAGGUCAAGGAGAAGUACUACAGGUCUUUCGGAUUCAACAAGGGUGAUGAGACCCAGGCAGACACUAUCGAGGAUGCUGUCUCCUAA